AUGCCGCUCAGCGCUGGUAGCAGUGCCUCCGAUGUAGCAGGAGUCGUCACCUCCAACCCCGUGGAACCAACAGCCGUCUGCUUCGUCUCCGUGUCGGGUCGUCAGGAGGAAAACGAGUUUUACCGCGAGGCAUACGUCAGUUGUCUGACGGUUGUCUUUGAUUUCUCUGUGUCCGCGCGCACACUUAGGGCGGAAAUCCCUGCCUUAAAGACGGUCUGCGAGCCGGGUGAGGACCCGCUGAAAUGUCAUUGUGAUGCUCUGGACAUCAAGUCAAUCACCAGGCUGCCGACGUUCUACUUCCGUGAACUUGGUGAACCGUCCUUCACAAACGCCGUCUUCAUGGACGAGUUCAAUGCCGUGCGCGAACGUUAG